UGUUCUCUCCAUCUGCUCCCUCUUCACUUCCUGUUCUCUCCAUCUGCUCCCUCUUCACUUCCUGUUCUCUCCAUCUGCUCCCUCUUCACUUCCUGUUCUCUCCAUCUGCUCCCUCUUCACUUCCUGUUCUCUCCAUCUGCUCCCUCUUCACUUCCUGUUCUCUCCAUCUGCUCCCUCUUCACUUCCUGUUCUCUCCAUCUGCUCCCUCUUCACUUCCUGUUCUCUCCAUCUGCUCCCUCUUCACUUCCUGUUCUCUCCAUCUGCUCCCUCUUCACUUCCUGUUCUCUCCAUCUGCUCCCUCUUCACUUCCUGUUCUCUCCAUCUGCUCCCUCUUCACUUCCUGUUCUCUCCAUCUGCUCCCUCUUCACUUCCUGUUCUCUCUGUCGGCUCCCCAUUCACUUCCUAUCUGCUCCCUAAUCAUUUCCUGUUCUCUCCCUCUGCUCCCCAUUCACUUCCUGUUCUCUCCAUUUGCUCCCCCUUCACUUCCUGUUCUCUCUGUCUGCUCCCCAUCCACUUCCUGUUGUCUCCGUCUGCUCCCCAUUCACUUCCUGUUCUCUCUGUUGGCUCCCCCUUCACUUCCUAUUCUCCCCAUCUGCUCCCCAUUCACUUCCUGUUCUCUCCAGCUGCUCCCCAUUCACUUCCUGUUCUCUCCAGCUGCUCCCCAUUCACUUCCUAUCUGCUCCAUAGUCACUUCUUGUCUGCUCCCUGUCUGCUUCCUGCUUGCUGUUCCUCUGCUUCCUCUGUACUUAGCUACUUUCUGGUCCUGUGAGCCCAAAGAUGACCACUGGCCUCAUGGCCUCCUGUCUGUGUGCCCUCUCCUUUAUCAGACCACGAGACAGAGAGUCGCGGGAUGGCGGAUAGCCUGCAGAGGUUCUCCUCGCUCCCUGCCUACCUCCCCACGAGCUUCCACAUCUCCAACGCAGAGGAGUCCUUCUUCCUCAAAGAAGCCAACCAGGACCUCACGAGGAACUCCAGUCUGCAGGCCCGGGUGGAGUCCUUCUUCAUCUACCGGGCCAGGACGCCCCCUCUGAUCAAUGCCAGCUAUGGCCCGUUUUCCGUGGAGCAGCUCAUCCCCCCGGAGCUCCUGGUGACCUCCACACCCUUUGGAACCAUGGAGAAGUUCCCCUUCAACUGGAAGUUGAAAUCUCACAUCCUCGACAGCUCCAUCUACUCCAACAGACCCAAAGUGCAGACCUUGUUUUAUGUCUCCGGCAGGAGCUGGGAGGACAGCGACCCUUCAGAAGAUCUGCCCUGUGUCAAGAUGUUUGCCUUCCCCGAGGCCAGGGAGGUGGCGGCUGCCUGUCGGCUGCAGGGGGCCCCGGGGCUGUGUGUGGCCGAGCUGGAGUUGCUGCCUGAGUGGUUCAGCUCUGGCCUGGACCUGGAGCCACAGGAAGAGGUCCCCGCCCUGCUGGGGGGCUCUGCCAUGGAGCUCUUCUUCACUCUCCACCCGGCCGAUGAGGCUGGCCAGUGUCCUCUGGAGGAAGAGGGCAAAUGGGAGAACAACAUUCAUCCAGACCAGGACAGCCCCCCUCAGGCACUGCCGGCCCGAGAGAGGAUUGGGAGCGUGGUGGUCUACCCAACUCAAGACGACCUCAGGUGGUCGCUGGUGAGCCUGGACGAGAACGUGGUCCUCUCGGUGCCUCUGAAUCUUGUGCGCGAAGGGGACACAGCCACCUUUUUGGUCUCUCUGACCAGCAGCUCUGUGGCGGGCCACUUCACUCUCAGAAUCAAGGCGGCAGCAGGUGUGAAGAUAACGGCAGUGAGAGUCAGCAGCGAGGACCAGUGGGCGGUGCAGGAGGAAAUCGAUAACAGCGGCGCCCAGACGACGGCCGCCCUUACCUGCAUGGGGCAGCCCCCGGACGUGCAGAGCAGAACAAAUGGCUCCUUCUACGAGAUCCUGCAAGUAGACUUCGGAGUUGACAACAGCAGUGGCCUGGCGGGGGCCCAGCAGAUCACCUGGCAGGUGGAGUACCCGGCGGAGGACACCAUGAGCGAGCUGGUCGUCUCCGAGAUCUUUGUUAGCCAGACCACCUUCGUGGGCAUCGUCCCUCUGGCAAUGGACACGGAGGUUUUGAACACUGCCAUUCUCACUGGAAAGCCUGUCUCUGUUCCCGUCAAAGUCGUGGCAGUUCAAGAAGAUGGCUCCGUGGUUGACGUAUCAGAGUCUGUGGAGUGUAAGUCUGCGGAUGAAGAUGUCGUUAAGGUUUCCAACAACUGUGAUUCCAUCUUCGUGAAUGGGAAGGAAAUGAAGAGCAAAGUGGACACGAUCGUGAACUUCACCCACCAACACUUCACCUCCCAGUUAGAGGUCACCGUCUGGGCGCCCAGGCUCCCUCUGCAGAUUGAGAUCUCGGACACGGAGCUGAGCCAGAUCAAAGGCUGGAGGAUCCCAGUGGCCACCAACAGAAGGUGA